AUGGAAUCUUCUGUGAUGACUCCUGAAGAUAAUCUUAACGGGAUAAUUCCCGGAUAUCAACGUCCAGCCGAGAUCUGUGUCGAUUAUCUUUCACACGAAUGGAAAAAAGAAGAUGAUAUUUGGACUUCGUGGAAGGCUAUGUCGAAGCAAAAGAAAGAUAUUGACAACGGCGUUCGUCUCGAGAACGCUUCGUGGAGAUCUUGGGCCAAACAGAAAUAUAAACUCAAAACGGUCAAACCCGAGUUGCUCAACUGGCAUAAGGACAGCGAUGUAACGUGGUUGUACGGACCUUUGCACACCGCUUGGCUACCACCCAAGAAAGAUGGACCAAAGUUAUCAACGACCAUGGGUGAACUCAACUUGAACUCGUCUUGUCACAAAUCAUGUUUGAAAAAGAAAUCCAUAACCGAGAUACUGAACCCUUCUGUUAAGAGCAAAUAUCCGUCGUUGGUCUCGAGCAAUUCGGACACUCAGCUUUACAAAAAGAAUCGAGGUGACGACGACGUCAGUGACAGCGAUAGCGCUUCAACCUGCUCAAUAUCCGGACCGACUACGCCCAUAUCUGGCCCCACCAAAUCAAUCUUACUGCCGACCGAUCACGACAGUCAAUCCCAGCCGCGACAUCACAUUCGAUUUAAUGAUCAGGUUGAACAAUGUAUCGCGGUUGAUUCGGCUGAUGAAGACGACGAUCAUAUUAACGCCUUGGAUCUGGAUAGCAGUAGUAGCGACGACGAUGGUUUGGAAAUGAAGAUAAGUCGAAAGAAGAAGAAGGAUUGUACGACGAUAUUCAAGUUGGCGCCCACAAAAUUAAAGUAUGAUAGGUUGUACAAUAACGAGUAUUCAGCGUUGUACACAAAGCAAAGUCACCGACGUAAGUCGUCGAACUCCAAUUCGGUUUCAUCCACGCCACCCGCAACAACGUCAGCAAAUAUCAGUCUUUUUGAUUUUGAUAAACCCUCACCAAUAAUACGGCACGCCGCGGCUUUAUAUGAUCCAAUUCAUCAGGAACAAGGACAUGAAUCAGCUGGUGAUCAGGGCGAUGCGCAACGGUCUUUGUUCUCGGUUGAAUCCGGGUUACCACCACAUGCUGUGCAUUUUCCUCGCCUCAUACUUUCCUACCCGGGAAGACCCGAGACGAGUCGUGAUCCUUUCGGCAAAAAGAGGAAUACACAAUCAAUGAGUAAGUGGGGUGCAUGCGUUGUGUCAUCUACUUUUCUUUUCUUCUAUGCUCCAACGGCAUUCAACGGUGAUACCACAUUUACCAGAUCGACAUUGAUUCAAACGCGCGUAUACGGAAAUGUUGAAGUCAUUCUAGCCAGUUACAUCACAGUUAAAUUAGUUCAUAUUAAUUUGCCAAUAUGCCACAACGAACAAAUGAAGGUACACAAGCGACCACCAAGAUUCGGGACCUUACCGUUUAAAGGCGAGAAAGAUGGUGGCGUCGUGCUUGCUGACGAAAUUCUUAGAGACGAUCGACGUGGUACCCGAGGUUCGAACGUAUCGGUCGUUCAAUUGACUGGCUAUGAAACAGCGGAAGGUCGACAUUUCGAUUAUGCAAGGAAAAUUUGUAGAGCCCUCGGCGAAAAAUUUGAUAACGACAUUUAA